AUGAUAUUUGUCCAAUAAAUUGAGUAACUUUUUACAAAUCAUCCUCAAACAAUCGAAUCAGAAUAAAUUUUUAUAAAAUAUAUAUCUGAUAGGCCUGAUCAUCUGAAUUUAUGGAAAAUGAGCCAAAAAAUUAAAAAGAAUGUUUGUAAUAAAGAAAUUACUGAAGAAUAAUUGGCAUUCAGAUGCAUUACAUGCUCUGAUGACAUCUCUCAUUUAAUAUGUUCUUAAUGUUUUAAUAUAUAAGAACAUUAAAGUAUAUAAAUAUAAAUAUAACCAAGAUCAUAAUUUUGAAUAUAUUGCAGAUGUAGGUAAUUGUAGUUGUGGAAGAUUGACUCUAAUUUAGAAUUGUGAAACUCAUAAAAUGUUAGAAGAAUAGAAAUUAAACUAAAAUGAUAUGAUACCUGAAGAUUUAGCAAUAAAGAUAGAGUAAUUUAUUAUGGCUGCUAGUUCAGUUUAUUAUGAAAUAAUGAAAUAAAUAGAAGUAUAAUGGAGCAAUUUUAGAUUGCCAAUAAUGUAAUUGUAUCAUUUGUGUGAAAAAUUUAAAAUUGAAUAAAUCAAAUAAACUAUAGACUAAAAGAUAAAUUAUAGAGGUUAUUACAAUUUAUUAGUGAAAAGUUAGUUCUUUCAUUAAAUAAUAUUUAAUUUAAUUGAUUGGUUAACUUAAGAUAGAGAAUAGUUUCAAAAUUUGAUUGCAAAUAUAUUCCAAAAAUAAUUACCAAAUUAUGAACAUUCUUUGUAUGAAAGUCUAAUUAGAUAUUAAACAUUAUAUGAAGCAUCUUCACCUGAAUUACCAAUUUUUAUUUUUAAUUUAAUACAAAGAUUAACUUCAAAUUCAGAAUUCAAUGAAUUUAUAUGCAAAGUUAAUUUAAGAAUAUUUUCAAGCUUUUUUUUACUUGCUAAAAAUACAACAACAAAAUCUAUUUAUUCAGUUUAUGAUUAGAUUGAUUUUUUGACUUCAUAGUAAUAGGAUAUUGAUCCUUAGUAUGCAAAGAAUAAUAAAAAAUAAAUAAAAGAAUUUAAUUAUAUCGUUGAAAAUUAUUUAUAAGAAUUAACAUAAACUAAUAUUACAUCUUAUAGCUACAUUUAAUGUGAAUAUAUUAAAUAGUUUAAGGAAUCAACUAAUGAAAUAACAAUGAAGGCUAUAGUAGAAUAACUUGAUUAAACUCAAUUAUUUAGUUUUUUAGAAAAUGCUUACUGUUUAAUUCAUGUUCCAUUAGGUGAAAUGUUACUUUAUCCUUGGUAUGGAAUUAAAUUCUUAGGAUCUAAAUUUAGAAGUGAGAAUUUUGAUAAAUUUAAUAUGAUUUCAUUAAAAAAUACAUUAGGUGUUGAUUAUGAUAAAUUUAAAAAUUAAAAUGUUGAUUUGAAUCUUAUCAAAAAUUUUAAUCAUGAAUAAUACUUAUUAACAAAACUCAUAAAUUGUUUUGGCAAAGCUACACCUUCUGUUAUACCAAAUAAAAAAUUUGAUUAUAAAUAAUCUAUGGAUGAAGAAGUUGAAUUAAAAUAUUACUUACAUUUUGAAGGAGAAUUAAUUAAAGAAAUAUAAACUGGAAUUUUUAGUUUAUUUAGUGAUUCUGAAAGUACUGAAUAAUUAUAAAAUAAUUUCAUUUAAGUAAUUCUUGUUUAAACCUAUAAUUUAAUUAAAAAUAAAAGAAAUAUUGGAGUCAAAUUUGAAACUGAAUUGGCUUAAAUAUUUAAAUAAUAUGUAUAUUAAAAAGAUAAUUCUAAUAUUAAAUUGGUUAAAGCAAGAAAAAUAUAUUGUUAUCUAAUAAAGAAUGCCUCAAUUUUAGAUAAAAUAUUGAUUACAACUCUAUGUUUAUAUCUAUCAAUUAAAGAAUAUAAAGAACCUUAACAAUUUCUAUAAUUUUUGUAAUAUAUUUUUGAUGAUUCAAUUGAAGUUAUUAAAUAGAAUUUUUAAUAAAUAUUAUAAAGAUGUAUCUAGAAAUAUGUUACUAUUUGGAUGAUGGCUGAUGAAAAAAUUGAUUAACUCUAUUAUGGUUAUGGGGAAAAUAAUUAGAGAUCAAAAUUAGAAUCAAUAGACACAGCGUUUGGAAAACUAUAUAUUUAUUUAUUUGGUGAAACAGGCUUGCUUGAUGUUUAUAGAGCAAUAAAUAAUAUGCUCAUUCCAAAUAUAACAUUUUAAUGUACAGUCACUUAGUAUAUAUAUUAUUUAAUUUUAGUUUAUAUCUAUUGAGAUUAAUGACAUCUGAUCUUGAUAUCUAUAAUUCAACCAUAUUUUAUUUUAGAGAAUAAAAAAUUUUACCAAUAGUUCUUCACCAAGCACUUUAAAAAAUAAUUCAAAAUAUUAUGAAUAUCGAAAUAUAGGCAACAUUCUAAACUAUCUAACUCAGAUUUGAAGAUUUCGGAAUCAUAUUUCCAGGUCUAAAUACUCUAAUUCUUAAUUUCUUAGAAAUAGAUGAAACUACAAAAUUACUUAAAUUAAAGUCACAAUAUCCCCCUCUCUUUGAUCCUAUUCUUUUUGCUGCAAAGCCAAAUUUUAGAAAACUAUUUAAUUAAAAAUUAAAUGAAAGAGGCAUCCAAACAAAGGAUAUACUUUUUGGAAAUGGAAUAUUAUGGAACAUAAAUUAAUAUCAUUAAGAAAAUUAAUAUUUAAUUUAAAAGCACAUACUCAAUCAUUUGUCUUCCAAAUAGAAUCUUAUAGAUAAUCUAUAAUUUUUAUCCUAAUACAAAAAUGAGGAAGAAGAAACUUUCAUUUUUAUAUAAAAUUUAUUUUUAGCAGCAUCCUAUUUUAGACUUGAAGAAUUAAAAAGCAAUUUCAUUCUUAUUCUUUAGCUUUUAAAAAAAAUAUAAUAAGAUUCUUAAUAUGAACCCUUACAAUAAUAUUAUGUAACUUUAAUAGAAUAAUUUUAAACGUUCUCAUUUUUACAGGAUGAUCAAUAAUCAAUAAAAAUCUAAGCUAAAGAGGAAUAAUGUUUAAUUUAAUAAAAUGACCUUAUUAAUAAUAAAUCUCUUUAAAAUAAUGAUUAUCAAUAAUGUGAUUAUUGUAAACUCUAAAUACAAGAUAAAUUUUGUAUUUCAAUUCUAUUAUCUAAGAGAAAUAAUUAUAAACAUUUUCCUAUGCCUGAAAUAUUGUUAUCUUAAUUGAUUAAUUAGAAUCAUAAUCUACUUUAAUUGAGUGUUAAUGGAUGUUCACACAAAUAUCAUCCAAAUUGUGUUCUAUAAAAUACAUAAUAAUCAUUAUGCAGUCAACUUCCUAGAUGGUAUAAAUAGGCAUGUAGAGUAUGUAAUCAUUCAUACAAUAUAGAAAUACCAUUGAAUAAAUCAAUUACUUAAUUAGAAGUUCAAUUAUUUAAUAAGAAUCUUAUAGAUUGUGUUAAUGAAAAUGGAUUAUGGGAUUAUUUAGUAAAAUCAAAUUAGAAUCAAUAUCAAAAUAUAAUUAUUGAAAUAUAUCUUUAAAUUAUAAUUGAUUUGUUACAAUAACUAUUUAUUGAUAUUAAAAGAUUUAGAGAUCUAAAUAGAAUAAUUACAUUAAAUUAGAUUAUUUAGUUGUUAGAGUAAACAACAAUUAUAAAUUAAUCUUCACCUUUAAAAAUAUAACCAAAAGAAUAUAAAUUUGAUACAGAUAUAUCGAUAUUCUUCAAUAUCAUUUAUUCAAUAUAUAAUAAUAUCAUAAUAAAUUAAAAUAAAUAACAAUUAAAGAAUGAAAUAAUAAUAAUUGUAUUAAAUUUAAAGUAAGAUUAAUACAAAUAAAUUUUGUUGGAUAUAUUUAAUAUUUCUACUUAAGAAGUUUAAGAAUUUAAUCAUUAGAGUUAGAUAAAGAUUUAGGAAUUAGAUCCUUAUAUAGAAUAUAAUUAAUAAAUCUUUGAUAUAUAUAGUAAAAAGCUCAAUUCUAAUUUGGGUUAAAACCUUGCUGAAUUCCAUAAAAGGUAUUUUGUUAAAGGUUGUGAUAAAUGUAAAAAUUACAAUACAAAAUUUGAAAAUAGCAAAGAUAUUCUUGUGUGUUUAAUUUGUGAAAAGGUAUUUUGCAUCAGAUAAUGUACAAAAUCUAAAUUUGGAAAUUUAAAUGAACAUGCAAUUUAAGAACAUUCAGGAGGAUUCUUUUAUGUAAGUUUAAUCACAGGAUAGAUUACAUUAAUAUAAUAUCCUAUAUCAUUACAUUCUGUUUAUGAUUUAUUUUAUGAUGAAAAAUUUGGGUUAUAAAAAUUAAAUUCAAUAAUACCUAAGAAAAGAUCAUAAUUUAUAGUAAAUUAAUAAAUGAUCUAGAAGAUUGCUGAAAUUAUGAUUUAUAACUUAUAUGGGAUUUAAAUAUAUAAUAAAAAAGUAUUAGACUGUUAAAAUAUAACAACAGAUGGAGGAUUAUGA